CCCCAACUUCUUCUUCAAUUAAUAAACAGAGAGAGAGAGAGAGAGAGAGAGGCUGAGAGGGAAAGAGUCUGUUUGUUUUUCGAGGCCUGGUUUUGGAUGAGCACAAUGUGGUGUACGUGGUUUUAGUCAUAAAAGGAAAGUGAUUAUCUUGUUCAUGCGUGGGUUCCAUGUUUAGAUUUUGGUUACUACUUUUGGGUUAAGUGGCAAACAAGGAAUGCCAACAAACAAGAUUGAGAGAGAGCUAGCUUAAAAGGGUAUUUCCCAUAAUUCAAGGUUUUGGAUUUGAUUUCAUUCACCCUUCUUCUUUUUAAUUAUCUAUUGUUGCCUUUUGAGAGAGUAUUUUCAAAUUUGAAAGAACCCAUAUCGAUAUCAAUGUCUUCAAAUCUGGAGCGUUUUCUUCAAUGUGUGACUCCCACUGUUUCUUCUCGACUCCUUCCUCAGAGCUGCUUUAAUGAUCUAAAUAGCCUCUGGCAACCACCUGGCAAAGAGAGAAUUGAAUAUUUCACAUUAGGAGAUCUCUGGGACUGCUAUGAUGAAUGGAGUGCAUAUGGUGCUGGCACCCCAGUACUGUUGAAUGGCGGUGAAAGUGUUAUGCAAUACUAUGUUCCUUAUCUAUCUGCCAUUCAGAUAUACACUAACAAAUCAGCUGGCACUUCCAGGACUCGUAAAGAGGAUAGUGAUGUGGCAGACUUUGAAAGCGAUUCUUGGAGUGAUGAUAGCGGGAGUGAUAACCUAUCGAGAUCGCUAAGCAACAACUCUAGCAGGACUUGGGAUGCUAUUUCGGAGGAUUCAAGCUUCGACCAGGAGGGUUCAUGGCCAAUGAGGGAUAGGCUUGGCUGCCUUUACUUACAGUAUUUUGAGAUGGCUUCUCCUUACUGGAGGGUGCCACUCAUGGACAAGUAUUUCUUUCAGAUAACUGAAUUGGCUCAGAAUUAUACGGCAUUAAUGACACUCAAGAGUGUGGAUCUUUCCCCAGCGAGUUGGAUGGCUGUUGCUUGGUAUCCUAUUUAUCACAUUCCAAAUCGGGAAAAUGUAAAGGACUUGUCGGCAUGUUUCCUCACAUACCAUACGUUGUCCUCAAGUUUCCAAGACAACGCAGUGGAGAAUACUAACACCAACAUUGGAAAUGGUAUGUGCCAUCCUGAAUCCUGCCAUCCUGAAUCCUUGAGAAUUGUAGAAGAGGAAUGCAAGGAAGAAAGCAAAGAUGGAAUUUCCCUUCCUCCCUUUGGGCUUGCUACUUACAAGUUGCAAGGAGAUGUUUGGAUAAAGCCACAUACAUCUGAUUAUGAAAGGAUGAUCCAUCUUUACAGUGCUUCAGAAUCCUGGUUGAAGCAGCUUGGCGUCCACCACCAUGACUUCAACUUCUUUACUUUCCACUCAACCAUGUAA